GGACAAAAAGCAUUUCGUUUUUAAAAUUUGAAAUUAUCAAUAUGAUCGCCGAUCUGAAGCGGCAAUAUGAUGAGCGCUGGCAUUAUCCCCCAAAGCUGCCACCGACCAAGACUAAGUAUGUUGCUUGUGGAAAGGUGCCCUUUUACGGCCACAACGAUAAGCCGGACUACAGGCCCUGCUGGCAGCAUCCGCUUAACGUGCCGAACCAAGCUCUCUUUGGAGUUUGCUGGGAAUAUCCGCCGGAGCGGUACAAACGUCGCCCACUUCCGCCUCCAUGCCGAGGAUCGACCAUACCCGUCCAUUUGCUGAAGCCCACUUUUAAGCAUUGCGAGAACAUCUACACCCGGUAUGACUUUAAGCUAGAGGAGUGCGUGCAUGAGCAAAUUCUAGUAGUUGAUCAGAAACUUAAGAAGCUCAAAAAUCAGCUGGCCAAGGCCAAACCCUUGCAGAUCAAGAAGGUUAAGGAGAUGCGUUAUCAUGGAGUGCGCUAUCGCAUUUUGGUCGGAUCCACCGGAUGCACCAAGAUCUAUCCAGAGUACCUCAGCAGAAUGACCGAGGAGCGGGAACUCUGCGAGUUUCAGAGGGCCUACAAUAUCGUCAAUCAAUCCAAUUCUGAUUUGACCAAAUCUUUUUUGGAUAUGCGUGAGUCCAAAGAGGAGUUGGAUCUGCGACUGACUAGGCUAGACCGAUCCCUAGAUAGUAUAUUUUUGCAAGAUCUGGACUCGGUGUUAAAAAUUAUAGAAGACCUGAAGACGUACUUCUUUGGCGUUAUCGUAAAGCUAAAAACCUGGGCAGAACUGAUGGACCCGAUGAAGGAGCACUCUAUCGAAGACUAUCUGGCGCUUUUGAGCCAGGAUUCGGACUUCAAGAGCUUCAUGAGGGCCGGCAUGGAGAAUUGCACUUGCAAGCGGUGCGACAAGAAGGAUCCCUUGAAGCCGUAUCUUCCUUGCUGGUGUCAGCACCCUGAAUCCAGCGAUGAAACAUUAACUAAGAAAUUCGAUGAUGAUUGUCCUAAGACCUUUGCUGCCGUCGCGCAAAGCGACACUGACGUUGUCUAUGAAUCUAGCACUUCCAUGCUAGUGAAAGCGGAAGCUGAGAAGGCCAGGAUUGCAGCGGAUCGGGCGGAGUAAAGUGCUUCUUAAUAGGCUAUUCAGUAUCGUUUGUUGUAUAAUAA